GAACAGUGGAUGAGUGAGCUACUUGAUACGAAAGACACUAGCAUUACCCUGCAUAAAAUUGCAUCAAUAUGAAAACAUUCACUGUAGUAGCCCUGACUUUCCUGAUCUGCAUGAUAGUGUUCUGUACAACAGAAGGUAGACCACAACUUCGAUGCCAGUGUAUUAGAACAUAUUCAGGAAAUCCCAUUUCUAUCAAAAGAGUAGAUUCAAUAAAGAUAUUUCCUGCUGGUCCGCAUUGCAAUAAUGAGGAGAUCAUAGCCACAAUGAAGAAAAAACAUAGCACAACCUGUCUGAAUCCCAGUGAUGCCUGGGUGAAAUCUCUCAUUGAAGAAUUGAACAAGAAAUCAAACAGCAUAAAGGCAGCAAGAAUCGAAAAACAUCUUGCUUACUAAAGAACACAAAGAGGACUCUGACUAGAAGUCCAGCUGAUGUUUGUUUGAAGGAAUGUAUUGUAUUUAUUUGACACCAUAACAGUACAAAUGUUUAGGGUCACUUAUUCAUCCCUCUUAUUCAUCUAAAUUAUAAAACAACAAAUGCGAUAAUGGGAGUUGUGUUGUGACAAAAAUAAAUAAUGAAUUAUAACCUAUAUUUAACAUUGUCAGUGUAGUCACCCUGAGGUGCUUCUGAUUCACUAGUGAUGGAGUUCCCAUCUAUUCUGGGCUAUUUAGGGCAGUUUUUCUUUAUUAGUCAGUCCAAGUCAACAAAAAUAUCUUGGUUUUGUAAUGAAAGAAAUUAAUAUAUAGGCAGAAUUAUAUUUGUCUCUACAUGACAAAUUUCAAACUUUUGAACCAGUACCUUUUGAUCAUAAUGUUUUAUAGGACCAUGAAAAACAAUUAAGUCAACUGACCCUAAAGAUUUGAACGGUGUGAUCAAGUUUUUUGCGACCAAAUGCUUAACAAAAUAAAAUGUGAUUUUCAUGAAUUAAUGAA